GGGACUUCUGCCGAGCCGUUCCUUCGUUUGCCACCGAUCUUUCAUCAUGGGGAGCGACCGCGACGGUGCUGUCAUUACUCCACCAGACUCGCCACCUCGAAGUGGUGCAGAAACCGGCGAUAUCUGUGCAAUGAGCAAGUCGUCGAGCUGUGGUAUGCCGUCAAUUACGUCGGCCGACGGCCUUGCGAUUAAGGGUUUAAAAGUGCCGGACGUACCACCGAAUACGCCUGCUUCUAAAGAAGCGAUUCUGGCUGCGUCCGAGGAAACAACAGUUGGGAGGGUUCCGGACGGCACAGUUUUUUCCGUUCCUCAGACACACGACUUGAUUCAGACCCUAUUUUCGCCAAAGGAACCGAAGACCUUACCUGAAUGGAUCACUCUCGGUGCGAUGGCGUUCGAGAUCUCUCUUUUCUUGUUCACCAAUACCCCGCGAGGAGUGUUCCUCUGUUUCUUUAUUUUCUGGCGCUGCAUGUACAAUUUCGGGCUUGGUGUCCUCUUGAGUGCUCAAAGUCGCGACCGCGCACUCGUCCGUUGGGCCAAGCGAAUUGGUUUACAGUCUAAUCCUACCAAGCCGCGGACAUGGUGGGCGCAAUUUCUGGUCAAUCAAGUCAAACGGAAGAUGAGCAAGGAUGUUCAAUACAAUUACGAGACUAUGCCGAUUGAAUUUAACGUUUGGAUACUUUAUCGCGGAUUGGUCGACGUCAUUCUGGUUAACGACUUCACGUGCUACGUGCUCUUUGCAAUAUCUUUCUACCAAUAUCCGGAAGGUGGCCACGGGUUGAAGGAUGUACUUCGGUACGCAGGAGGUGUUCUCAUGCUGUUGUUCAAUCUUUGGGUAAAGACCGAUGCUCAUCGAGUUGUUAAAGACUUUGCGUGGUAUUGGGGGGACUUCUUCUUCCUGGUUGACGCGUCAUUGACAUUUGACGGGGUGUUCGAGAUGGCACCGCACCCUAUGUAUUCCGUCGGGUACAUCGGUUUCUAUGGAACUGCCCUCAUUGCUCAGAGCUACUGGGUGCUCUUUAUCAGCUUGGCAGCCCAUGCGGCGCAGAUGGCAUUUUUGCAUUGGGUUGAGAAUCCGCACAUUGACAAGACCUAUAAUCCGCCCACGCAGAAAACUGAAAAGGAGGAUCGUGAGUUAAUGGGGAAGUAUUUUAGACGGGAUAUGACGGUGUUCCGCAAUUUGGACUGGUUUAGAAGCACCGAUCUCCAAACUAUUACCAUAGCGGCCUACACUGUUCUAGCCGCCAUUCUAAUUGGUCCGAUCGAUGGCACUUGGAAACUGUGGUUUUAUGUGGGUCAAACCUUAUUUUGGCGUGUUGUCCACACUUACGGGCUUGGUGCGAUCUUGUAUUUGCAAAGCAAUUUCCGUUUAUGGAACCGCCACUUCAUCAAGUAUGGCGAUAGUCCUCGGGAGGCGUUCCAUCAUUGGAAAGUAAUAUACAACACUACUCAAUUGAUGACUUACGUAUCAUUCUUCAUUUGCGCAAUCCGACUAUUUGUGGUACCAGAGAAUGUCGUUUAUGGUACUUUUCUUCUUCGAGCAACUUUGGGCGUGCUCUUUAUUCUCUUGCAUCUCUGGAUUGCGAUCUCUACAUUUGAAGUGAUCGGUUCAUCGGGAUGGUUUUAUGGCGAUUUCUUUAUUGACGAGCUUCGUGCACGAAGUGGGCCCGUCUAUAGUGGAUUGUAUCGCUAUCUCGACAAUCCGCUCCUGUACACGUUCUCCUGCUGGGGAGUGGCGAUGAUAUGCGGUUCCCCCGUGCUGUAUGCAAUCACGCUUUUUGGUCAAGUCUCGAAUUGGUUGUUCCUGCGCUACGUUGAACAACCACAUAUGCGGCGAAUGUAUGGAUCCAAAAUCCGAAGGGAAGCAGGAGUCGAACGGGUACUGAAGAGUAAAGUUGGUGAACUCGAACGAAAUGCGAAGGGAGCUGUAGAAAAGAUGGUGAAGGAUUUGGAUCUUGUUGAUGUUCUUAACCGGAUCAAGCUGGUGAAACGUCAAGGUGAACAGGAACUUAGGAAAGUCAUGGGGCCAGAAGCAUGGAAAGAGUUUGUUGCACGUGCAAGGGGCCGAAAAGGCGUACGCCGUGUCGGUACAGAUGUGACACCACCGGAAAGCGAGGAGGAUGACUACAUAGCGGAAGAAGACGAUGGGUCCACUGUCGGGCGAGAAGGACUCCGGUUGCGUAAAAAGACAUCUCAAGAUUCGCAAAGCUCUUCCUCAUCUCAUGAAGAUGAAACGGCCACUCGUCAAGUAGCUGCUAGAGGAAGGCGCGAUGCAAACCGGAAUUUGCCCCAAGCCGUUGAGCGCAUUAUUGAGGAACUGGAAGACCUGGUGGAUCAAGCGAAGCCUCGAGUACGAGCAAUGGUUGGAGAAACGACCUUGAAGUUUGCACAGUUAGCGAAAGUAGGGGAAGAGCUUCCUGUUUCUCGCCUUCCAGUGCAUUUAUACCGUUUGGAGUUUCCUUUCUGUGCCACUGGAUCUCCUGUUACUUUCACGCUUGGUCAACCCAUUACAAUUGAGUUUGUAUCUGUGGCCGAAGCCAUGACAUCGCGGGAUUGGAUUGGUCUAUACCCGGUAACCGCUAACCCGAACAGUGCUUUAACCACAACGAAGAGUAGUGGCCGCUGGCUCUUCAUAACUGGACAUGCAAAGACGGAAUGGGAUAUUGAUGGUGAUGUUGGUACAGGCCGUGGAAUAUCGCUGGUGAAAAAGAGCAACGGCAAAAGUUGGAUAGGUCAGACAGAAGUGAAGUUCCUUCCUGCUCACGGCGAUGGAAUUACCGCUGACGCUGAAGAUUUGCACCUGGUCCGGGGUCAGCUGACCUUCCACAACGAUCAGCUUCCGUGGCGCGUUGGAGUUUACGAAGCGAGAUAUCACUAUGAAGGAAAAUAUGGGGUCGUUACUGCCAGUCGCGCUUUUGAGAUUGUCGCAGAGGAGUUUUCGUGGCAAGAGGCGGAAUCCACCGAAGCCGAAGACGACAGAAUUGUGGACACUUUACGGCGAAUCGUGGAGAACUGCUUGGACAUUGAUGUUGUGGCUGGCGGGAGGCCGCUCGGUGUCGACGACGAUAUUUUGGAAAGAGUGAAGGUGGACGGAUGUCUGGACGGUGCCUCGUACGCGAAGUAUAAAGAGGAGGUGGCGAAGCGCAUCACAUAUGUAACCAAGCAAACUUUCGGCAUCGAGUUUUCAUGGAAGGUGAUCGGUUUAGUCGGGACUGUUGGAGGUCUGGCGAAGCGGAUAUCCUCCGCUCGUGUUGCGCUACAUCCACCACCGACAGUGAGCGAUGGCAAAAACCUGUAACUUAUUUUAGAUAUUAGUCGUUGUUGCAUUUUGUGCACAAUAGAAUGUCCGUAAUGUCACAUACUCAUCACGAGACAAGAAGAGGUUCUUCACGCUUUUUUCAGCUGGCGGGGCGACCUGCGGACGUCGUCUAGUCUAAGUUCAACGAUGUGCUGAAUGUAACAUAUAGGAGCAUAUACUCGGUGGUUUUUUAGCUGCGAAAGAAUAUCUACCAGUCCCUGUUUAA